AUGAAUUCUGCCUGUAAUUCAAUAGAUAAUAGUACUAUUAAAUUAAAUGUUAAUGAAGUCAAAGAACAAUAUCAUGAAUUAGCAACUAUAGUAAAAAAUUCAAAUGAUUAUAAAAAUAUCCCAGCAGUUCAAGAUUGUAAAUUUGGAUCAAUACUUUAUAAGCUAUCAUUUAUUUCUAUUAGUUAUCAAUUUCUUUCUAAAAAUUCUUGGGCUAAGGCUAGUAUAGAAUAUGUGGGUCAAUUUGAAAUUAAAUAUAAAGUUCAAGCAUGUCUUUUACAAAAAUCACAUCCUGAUAGAGAAGAUACUUCAACUUCAACUGGUGUAUGCAAUCGUUAUUUAGCUAUUUCUGCAAAUGCAAUAUUAGUAGCUAAUGAUCAUAAUUUUACUAAAUUAUCUUUAAUACUAUCUGUAGCAAUCAUAGCUACAAUACCUAAUGAUUUAAUAGAACAUGCUACUAAAUUUUAUCAAAUUUUAAAUAAUUAUUAUGAUCAAGAUUUAUCUGAAAUUUUAGCUUUAUAUACUAAUAGUGGGCCAGAUCAUAGAUAUACUUAUGGAUCAGUUCAGAUUUUACUUAUUUCUAAAAGAAUAAUAUCAAUUUUAAAUCUUUCAUUGCAAAAUGUUUCUUUACAACAAGAUUCUAUGAGUAGUUUAUCUGAAAAAACUUUUGCUUUACUUAAAACUUUAGAAGAAAUUCACAAUGAGACUGAAAAUUUUCCUAGUUUAAAAAAUAAAUUACAAAAUUUAAUUUCAAAUAUUUAA